CCACCAUUCGAUCAAGUAGCAUCACAAUUUUAUCUCUUGAAGCAUUUCAACUCUAAACGAAAAUGAGCGAACAAGCAAUUUAUCGAAAUCCGUUCAAUCGGAAGCAGAGAUCAUUGAUCAAGUGGCCGGCCAAGAAAGCACUCGAGCAGUAUUUCCUCAUGCAAAACAAGCCAUCUAUAGUAGAGAUCGCUGGUUUGGCAGAAUCGCUCCAGCUGGAUAACAAGGUGGUGCGUGUCUGGUUCUACAACCGCAGACAAAAGGAGAAGAGCUCUCGAACGUGCACUACGUCAACAUCGAUAAUAAGGAUGGUCCCAGUUGAGCCAAAUCACGAAAGAAACGGUGAAUCGCUUGCGACUCGUGAGAUAAGUCAGCACCGCCAUGGAGUCGAUUCGUCUGGCAAUUUCUCGCUGUUAUCAAACGAAAAUGUCAAGCGCUUCUCUUUGGGCAAACCCAACGGUAUGACCCAACAACGUCGGACAGUUUUGGUGCUGGGAAACAGAGGACUGGUCCACCAGAAGUUCAUCAACCAACUCAUCAACUACAUUGUCAACGUCAAAGAAGACGACAAAUUCCGAUUUCAGCUGGUCGACGAGCAUGACACUGGCAAUUCUGGCCAGACGAAUUGCAUUUCCGUCUACGACAUCCACCACGCCGAUGGAUUCCGCAUUCCUUAUUCACUGACGAUUGUUGUCGUUUCUUAUUCCGGCGACUCGGCGGAUGAUUCCGGACAACUUUUCAGGGAUCAAAAAGUGGCUGUCCUUUUCAACAGAUUUCUGGAAGAGAAAAAUGGCAUCAAGGAACUGGACAUGAUCUGCAACUUGGUGAUCAACAACACUGGUGACAACCACCGACGGCCGUUCUUGUCCAUUUUCGGGAAUGACGUGGCGGACAACAUCAAUAAUUGGGAACUGACUGAGAGUUUUGUAAGCGACAGCCGCUCCUGGAACACGGUCAUUCAGCAUUUCUUUUCUGUUUUAUCAACGAUGAAGCCGAAAUCUUUAAUUCUGACCAAACUGGUGUUGGAAGAGCGAAAGAAGUUGGAAGGAAUUGUCGAAAUGCUCCAAUCUCUCGUCACCUCAGUGCUGGCCAAAAUGGAAGAGUUGAACAGGGCCAAGCAAUUGAUUCAGUACUACCAAUGGCAGGUUGAACUAAUCAAUAAAAAGGUUGAUUCCUUGUCCCUGGACAACUUGAAAAGAGAGUCCCAAGUCACGGAAUACGAAAUGAACUUUAACAACGACCAAAACAUCAAAAGCCAUCAAGAUUAUCACGAAGCUGAAAUGAAAUGGAAGGCUUCCAUAUUCAAGGGACAAAACUUGGUCAAGACGCUGGAGACCGACCUGCUUAGAAGCGGGACGUCCAUGCAAGAUAAUUUCCAUUUAACUUGGCGUUCCAUCCAGUGGCUCAACAGCGUCGCUCUUCACGGGAACUCUUUAUUUUCUCAAAAGAUAUUCGACAUUCUUUCCAAAGCCGAAGAGUUGCUGAAACAAAUCGGUUUUUAGCUAGGCAUGUUGAAAUUUUUGAAUUACCCGCGGUUUUUGAAAUUGAUUUCUGUGAUGGGUUGUGG